GUUGACUAGGCCUGUUAAUCGAUAGCCGAACUCAAGGGCCAGUGACUGUAGACGUGGUGCAUAGUUAGCCAGUUGAUAUUAGCUAGCUAACGGCUAAUACAGUCCAUAACGGCUUAUAAUACAUUCGCUAAGUGACCUAAUGAUUAUUUUAACCUUUAAAAGAAUAAUAAGCUUGCAAAAACAAUAAUUAAGCUUGCAACCAUGUUAGACUUUGCUAUAUUUGCUGUGACGUUUGUUGUUAUUUUGGUCGGUGCUGUGCUGUAUUUAUAUCCGUCAUCAAGGCGAGCUUCUGGUGUUCCUGGCUUGAACCCUACUGAAGAGAAGGAUGGUAACCUGCAAGACAUUGUGGCCAAGGGAAGCCUGCACGAGUUCCUGGUCGGGCUUCAUGAUUGCUUCGGUCCUGUGGCGUCGUUCUGGUUCGGACGGAGACCAGUAGUGAGUCUGGGCUCUGUGGAUGAGCUGCGACAGCACAUCAACCCCAAUUGGACCACCGAUUCCUUUGAGACGAUGCUCAAGUCGUUGCUCGGUUACCAGUCGGGAGCGGGCAUGGGAGGAACCGAGGCGCUGAUGAGGAAGAAAGUGUACGAAGGGGCCAUUAACAAAACGCUGGAGAAUAACUUUCCGAUUCUACUCAAACUCGUCGAGGAGUUGGUCGAAAAGUGGCAGUCGUAUCCAAAGUCCCAGCACACGCCCAUCUGCGCUCACCUGCUCGGAUUGGCCAUGAAGGCCGUCACUCGGCUCGCCAUGGGCAGUCGAUUCGCCGAAGAUGCAGAAGUCAUCCGGUUCCGCAAGAACCACGAGGCCAUCUGGUCAGAGAUUGGGAAAGGUUACCUGGAUGGGUCUAUCGAGAAGAGCUCCAGCAGGAAGGCGCACUACGAGAACGCGUUGUCCGAGAUGGAGUCCAUGCUCAAGUCUGUUAUAAAAGAGAGAAGUGGGCAUGGUUCGAGUCACUCGACUUUCAUGGACUCUUUACUACAGGCCAAACUGUCAGAAAGACAGGUAAUGGAAGAGAGCAUGGUGUUCACCCUCGCCGGCUCAGUCAUCACUGCAAAUCUGUGCAUCUGGGCAGUACACUUUCUGUCCCUGUCGGAGGCAGUGCAGGAAAAACUGCAUGAGGAAUUAGUCGAGGUGCUGGGUGAUGAGCCUGUGUCCUUGGAGAAGAUUCCACAGCUCAGGUACUGUCAGCAGGUCCUGAACGAGACGGUACGCACGGCCAAACUCACCCCGAUUGCAGCCAGACUACAGGAGGUGGAAGGGAAGGUGGAUGGACACGUUAUUCCUAAAGAGACUUUGGUUAUCUACGCUCUCGGUGUUGUCCUUCAGGAUGCAGACACUUGGUCAUUACCAUACAGGUUCGAUCCAGAUCGAUUUACAGAUGAGACCGUGAUGAAGAGCUUCUCGCUGCUGGGCUUUUCUGGAAAUCAGGCCUGCCCUGAGCUUAGAUUUGCGUACACGGUGGCGGCGGUGCUGCUGAGCUCGCUGGUGCACAAGCUGCGGCUGCAUCGCCUCGAGGGCCAGGUGGUGGAGUCCAGGUACGAACUCGUGACCACGCCGAAAGAUGACACCUGGAUCACAGUGAACAAGAGGACCUGAUUCCUCCGAUUCCUGUGUGUCGCACACAACCACAAAGGACACUUUGAAGAGAUCACUUUUCCAGGACGUCAAACGUCAUGCCGUGUUGCUGGAGUCUGGAUGAUUUUGUUGCUCGUAACAUCAGGAAUGAUUUCUAAUGCCUUAUCAUGUGCUAGUCGAUACAAGGAUGAAUCUAAUGAAUCAUUUCAAGGAGUCAUUUAAUACCUGAUUCCUUUUUGAUAAAGAACUUUGUUUUCUGCAGUUUGUUUCUGUUCAGGUCAUUAAGUUAAUGAAACAUCUCGUUUGAUGGUAUUUUAGUAAUACAAAGAAGAAAAAUCUUUCUUUUGUUUGUUACAAGUUUUAACAGUCAGAAGAAUUACGUAUUUGUACAUAGCUGGGUGCAAAUGUUUGCACACCCUUUGGACAAAAUGAAGAAGACAGAGGUUUCUUUAUCACGUUUGUAAUAAAGAUAGUCAAAUCAUUUGAAGAUAUUAAUGGUGAUGAACAAAUAAACUGAUAUUACAGUGA